UGCGCAUGCGUAGGAGUGCCGGUGUUGGCUUCUGACAGUUACGAUGUUUUGUGAUCGACGAGUGAAGAUUCAGGACUUUCUCCAACACAGAUAAAUAGUUUCUGUAAUUUCUGCCAUUUAUUUUAAUAACUUAAUGUAGUGUGAGUAGUGUUAUAUUUGAGUAGUUUUAUAUAUUAUACGGAGUCUUUCCUGCAUUAGAGCUGCUUGAAGAGUGGUUUGUUUACAUUCUGGAUUUAAAAAAUGUCUCACUCUGCCUGGUCAGAAAAGAUGCUGCAGCUCCUCCGCCGCAUGAACAACUUUUAUUCAGCAGGCUCCUGUCGAGCUAACUGCUUCAGGUUUCAGGUAGACGGAGCUCAGGUGGGCUGGAUCCCUCCUCAUGUAGCUGCACUGUUAGCUCGGUACCCGCAGGUGUUCAGUCCGCCACAGGACGGCGUUGUGUCACUGUGCAGCAGCCUGGACUCGUACGAGAAGAGAUCUGAGGCUGUGGAUGCUGUCCUGCAGACUCAGAGAAAAGAGGACACCUUCACCUGUCUGAAAGGAUGGAGGAAUGAGAGGUACAGCGUGAUGCCGAAGUUCUCCGACCCUCCUCUGAUGUGGAUGGAAAGAGCAGCUACAAGUUUGUUUGGGGUGAGGCGGUACGGCGUCCACAUUAACGGUUACACUGUGAGCGACAGUGGGGAGGUCAGGAUGUGGCUCGCACGGCGCUCUGCGACGAAGCAGACGUACCCGGGAAUGCUGGACCACGUGGCUGCAGGGGGUCUGGCUGCUGGCGUUGGCAUCAAACACACUGCGGUUAAAGAAUGUGAGGAGGAAGCGUGUAUCCCAGCAGCCAUCGCUGAGAAGGUAAAACCUGUGAACACGAUAAGCUACACGUACGAGCAGGAUGGGGAGGUGUUUCCUGAAAGUCAGUUUGUCUUCGAUCUGGAGCUCCCUCUGGAGUUCAAGCCCCGAGUCGGGGAUGGAGAGGUGCAAGAAUUCUACCUGCUGCCCAUAGACGAGGUGAAGGAGCUUUUGGCCUCUGACGACUUCAAACCAAACUGUGCCAUGGUGGUCCUGGACUUCCUCAUCAGACACUCCUUUAUCGAGCCAGACUCAGAGCCGUCCUAUCAGGAGUUUGUGGCCGGACUCCAUCAGAAGUUAUAGAGUGAAGCUGAGGACUGAGACGGGGACACAAUCUGCUGCCACACUGAUGUUUAUAACAAAUCUCAAGAGGUGUAUGCUCAAGGUUUUGACUCCAGGCAGCUCGGGGCUGAGGCUGAUGAUUCACAUGAUGUGAGAGGAACAGAGAGCUGGAUUUGGGAGAUCCUGACAUCUCGCAGCUGGUGAAGUAAAGAAAGACCUCAAGGACGAGCUGAGCUCAGAAGAAGCAGGACGCUUCUUUAGCAGACACUUUUCAGACCCGGCAGACAUUCUCAAGUCUGCUGUAACUACAUGAGUCUCUAUAUUCAGCAAAGACUCCAGGGGCUGUUUGACAAAAAUCUAAUCACAGUCACUUCCUCUGAUUUUUAUUCCCCAUGUGCACCUCUUUUGUUUUGACCACUCGUCUGCAUUAAAGAGACUUCUCUUGCUUUUA